UUGAAGUAGCGUAGCGUCAAGCCAGUUUUAAUUUAAAAUAAGCAUUUUUUUAGUCCAGUAUAAAGUAUAAUAUUGGUCAAUGUUCAAUUUAAAAAUAAAUAAAAUAAACUUGUUAUUUCGACUUAUUUAAAGCAUUUGACUGUCAAAGCAUUUUAAUAUAACCUUUAAAAGAGGCCGAUACUGGCGCCCUAGUCAAGCUUUCUAGUGUAGUACUAUUAAUUCUUAAAUAAAUUUAUCGUCAUUGUAAUGUCAUGAUAAAAAUUUAAGUAGGUAAUUUAUGUCAUCAAGAAUUUUCUUUGAUAACCAUGAGUUUUAGUCAAGGUCUUGUUAAAAUAAAGGAUAAUGAGGAAAGCCGCGCAAAGUCAACCCCUAUUGCCAUGGUGGCACCGGAACUUAAACAGAAUGCCGAUGCUGAUACAGAGAUAACAAAAACAUGUGCAGUGCUGGGAUGUGAAGAAUCGAAGAAUAUAGACUCUGAAUUAUUUUUUAGGUUUCCUGAAGAUACAAAUCUCAGACAAAUAUGGACAGACCUGACAGGAAGGAACAAUUGGACCCCAACAGACUACUCUUAUAUAUGUGUGCAGCAUUUCUCUGUAGAUUGUUUUGAAUGUAAUGCUGAUAAUACCGUGGUUCUCACAAGUAAAGCUGUUCCCUCCUUGAAGUUGCCAAAACAUGUUUUAGAGGUUGAAUACAUAGAUGAAGAGACUCUAGAUAAUGAAUAUGAAGAUGAAGAUUAUUUAAUGGACAGUGAUGAAUAUAACUAUGAAGAAGAAAUGCAGCAUGAAAUAUUGAAUAACAAAUCCUUAACGAAUGGCUCAGUACAUAUUGACAGAGCAACAAAUAAAUCUAAAGAAGACGAUGGCCUCGAACUCCUAAAGCUUUUCACUGAAGUCCAGAAGAUGCAAAGACAAGCCGUCACUUUAAAGGAGAAAUUAAAAUCGAGAAUGAAAGUUUUCAAAAGACAGAAUAGAUUUUUGUUACGCGUUAAGGAAGUAAUAGAAAUGAAGAGGAAUAUAUUGAACCAGAAAAGAAAGAAAAAGUCUAGAAUUUUGCUAUCGUUACAGGAUAAGAUUAGGGAAGAUACAAAUGGCCUAGUUUUAGCAAUGCCCACUAGACAUACGGAUGAUUUGAAAAAUUUUGCACUUAGUAUUUACAAAUAUUCACCACAAGCAUAUAUUUACAUUAGAAAUACUUUAAGGACGAUGUUGCCGAGCACAGAAGUACUAGAAUCAUGGGUAUCUUCAGGUUAUGAACCAAAAAAUGUUUUAUCUAAUAGUAAUUUGAUUAAGGUUGUUACAGAACUGACUGAUACCGAAUUAUCAUGUAAAGUAUCAUUACGUUGAUAUAGUAGUAAGUGUAAAAUAGGAAUAUUUUGUGAAUAAUUGAAUUCAAGAUAUUUUCCAAGUAAAA